GGUCGGCUUCUCUCUGCUGGGUGCCGUGUGUAUCUUGUGGAAAUGUUUUCGUAACCAGCUCGGUUUUUCUAGCUGAAAUACUCGUUUUUGUUUCUCGCUCGGCGGAUCACGAGAUGCUCACAGCUGUCUAGCACUUGCGACGAUCACAGCCGGAAGCCAUGGGGAACGCAGACUCCAAGCUAAACUUCCGAAAGGCGGUCAUCCAACUCACCACGAAAACACAGCCGAUCGAUGCCAAGGACGAGGCGUUCUGGGAGCAGUUCUGGAGCGAGGGGGUGCAGGGGGCCCAGGAUGUGUUUGCACUGAUCCCUGCCGCCGAGAUCCGUUCCCUGCGAGAGGAGGCGCCCUCCAAUCUGGCCACCCUGUGCUACAAGGCCGUCGAGCGCCUGGUACGCGCCGCCGACUCGCUCUGCAACACCGCCGCGCAGCAACAGACCGUGCUGAACUGCGUGCGUCUGCUGACUCGUCUGCUGCCCUAUAUCUUCGAGGACUCUGAUUGGAGGGGAUUCUUCUGGUCCAGCCUGCCUGGACAAGGAGCCAAUCAGGAUGAACAGGACUCGCAGGCGGAAAAUCUAUCACUUGCACAGUCCCUCAUCACUGCUCUCUGCGAUUUGCUGUUCUGUCCGGAUUUCACCGUGUCUCCCUCAAGAAAGGCUGGUCCGGACAAACCCGAAGACCUGCAGUCGCUGGACAGCUGCGAGUACAUCUGGGCGUCCGGAGUGGGCUUUGCACACUCGCCACCGCACGUUCCCCAGCAGGACCAGAACCGUACUGAACUCCUCAAGCUUCUGCUUACCUGCUUCAGCCAGACCAUGUACCUGAGCUCCUCUGAGGCUCAUCAGCAACCAAACAAGUGGAUUCACUUCUUCACAUCAGCUGACAACAGGCACGCGCUGCCGCUGUUUACGUCGCUGCUCAACGUGGUGUGCGGCUACGACCCCGUGGGCUACGGCCUGCCCUUCAACCACCUGCUCUUCUCGGACGCCAGGGAGCCCCUGGUGGAAGUCUGCCUGCAGCUCCUCAUCGUCACCCUCGACCACGACUUCCGCUCGCAUGCGGGGACGGCAACGCAGGGCGGACUGGCCGCAGGGGACAGCCUUCAAGACGCCAAUAGCCUGGCCACGGAGAACCUGUUCAUCAACUACCUGUCGCGCAUCCACCGGGAGGAAGACUUUGGCUUCGUGCUGCGGGGCUUCACCCGGCUGCUGAACAACCCGUUGCUGCAGACCUACCUGCCCAACUCGGCCAAGAAGGUCCACUUUCACCAGGAGCUGCUGGUCUUCUUCUGGAAGCUCUGCGACUACAACAAGAAAUUUCUGUUCUACGUGUUGAAGAGCUCCGAGGUGCUGGACAUCCUGGUUCCCACGCUCUACCACCUGAACGAUGCCAGGGCCGAUCAAUCCCGCGUGGGCCUUGUGCACAUUGGAGUGUUCAUCCUGCUUCUCCUGAGCGGUGAGCGGAACUUCGGGGUCCGCCUCAACAAGCCGUACACCGCAAGCGUCCCCAUGGACAUCCCAGUCUUCACGGGCACACACGCCGACCUACUGGUCAUCGUGUUCCACAAGAUAGUGACUACCGGUCACCAGAGGUUACAGCCCUUGUUUGACUGCCUUCUCACCAUCAUCGUCAAUGUUUCACCAUAUCUGAAGACGCUUUCCAUGGUUGCCAGCACAAAACUUCUGCAUUUACUCGAGGCCUUCAGUACUCCCUGGUUCUUGUACUCGAACGCCACCAACCACCAUCUAGUGUUCUUCCUGCUGGAGAUCUUCAACAACAUCAUCCAGUACCAGUUUGACGGCAAUUCCAACCUUGUCUACACGGUGAUCCGCAAGCGCAACGUGUUCCACUCGCUGGCCAACCUUCCGACGGAUCAGAGCACGAUCCAGCGUUCGCUCAGCAAACGCAGCAAAACCCAGGAGGGGACGGGGUCCGGAGCCGGAGGGGCGGGGACGACGGUCGAAGAGCACCCUCCCCUACCCAGCGUGCCCUGCAGUCCCACCGGAGAAGAAGCCCCGCCCCUUCCAGAGCAGGCUCCGCCGACCGGCACAGAGGGCGGGCUCAGCGCCACCCUUAAUGCCAGCCUGGCUGCUACGCCCCGCAUCGACAAGAUGACAGAGAAGGAGCACGCCCACCCUCCUUCGCAGAGCCUGGAAGCUCUCUCACCGGAAGGGCAGCCACCCCAGCAGAGCAUCGCCGAGACGACGCGGAGAGGCAGCCCGUCUUCUUCCUCGGAGGGUUCGGACGGUGUCGAGGCAGCGUCGUCCGUCUCCGCUCGUCAGAAGCCGCCGCCCCUGCAGCAGCGCAGCAAGAGCGUCAGCAGCAGGGUCCCGUCCUCCGAGUGGCUCCCGACCAGCGACUGGGUGCAGGGCUGGAAGCAGAAGCUGCCCCUGCAGACCAUCAUGAGGCUGCUGCAGGUCCUGGUGCCUCAGGUGGAGAAGAUCUGCAUUGACAAGGGCCUGACGGACGAGAGCGAGAUCCUCAAGUUCCUGCAGCACGGCACCCUGGUGGGGCUGCUGCCGGUGCCUCACCCGAUCCUGAUCCGCAAGUACCAGGCCAACUCGGGCACCACCAUGUGGUUCCGCACUUACAUGUGGGGAGUCAUCUACCUCAGGAAUGUUGACCCUCCCAUUUGGUACGAUACAGAAGUUCGUCUCUUCGAAAUUCAACGACUCUAGUCUCUUCAUUUUGUGUCCUGGAUGCUUUUGCGACGUCGCGUCCAUUUCUAUUUUAUCAACAAAUCUGCAGGCCUGGCCGUGAUGCCUUUGUUCUCCCUAAAGGCCUUUUCACACAUGGUGCUGAAGAAAUGCAAAGUCAGCACUGCAUAAGUGCUUAGAUCAUGUUGCGUUGUGUGUGUAUGCUGAAAAAAGCAGUCGCAUGUAGCGGAGCACUAAUACAGUGCUCACAUAGCAUGAAUUGAGCUCUCUGUUUAGUGCCCCGAUGUAUGUGUGAACAGGCCUUACUGCACCUCAAAACUGUACCAUGUUUUUUUUUUUAUAAGAGUCUGUAAAGCCUUGAGCCACUAAGCACUGUACAAACUGAGGAUGCACUUUACAAAGGCUUUUUUCGUUGUUUGGUUUAUAGUCUUACAUUCACGGAAAUGUAAUUGCUUUGGCCAACGGCUGUUGCGCUUGCUUCAAAUUGACCAUAGAAAUGUCUAUUCAACUAUAAUUUUGUUUCAUUAGCUACCAAAAGGUCUGCAAAAACCAAAGUAAUUCAUGUGAAUUUAAAUCAUGAGCUAUUCUUUCUAUAUUUUAUUGUUUGUUUUUUGUUUUUUUUUCUAAUUUGGGGAGUAGGCCGAUGAGAUAAACAGUGUUUUCUAAUUCGGAAUUCAGAGAACUUGUUUUUGUAAGUUUUUGUUUUUCGAAUUUGUCAACCUGAAAAACUGGGAAUGGUCCAUUUAUGAGCAUUCAAAAAUCUGAAAUAAUUGCCACAACAAC